CGCCGGUACCAAGUGGCCCACUGAGCCCAAUCUGUAACGGAGAACAGGAGUAUCGCCCCGGUGGACGGUUGCGGCAGCCUCUCGGCUCGGAUAUUUGUCAUUUUGUGGAUUUAUUCCCGACAGAUAAAUUCCAGGAUGCCUACAAAUGUACAAGGAGGGAAAGCCUUUGGACUGUUAAAGGAGCAGCAGAAGACAAAAUUGGACGAAAUAAACAAGGAAUACCUGGAAGACCAGAAAUACAGGGAUGAAGAGGACCUGCCUGAGAAACUGGAGGGUCUCAAAAAUAAGUACGCAGAGUUUGACCUGAAUGACCAAGGAGAGAUUGAUUUGAUGGGUCUGAAGCGGAUGAUGGAGAAGCUUGGGGUGCCCAAGACCCAUUUGGAGUUGAAAAAGAUGAUUGUCGAGGUGACGGGCGGCAGCAGCAGCAACACUAUCAACUACAGGGACUUUGUCAAGAUGAUGCUGGGCAAGCGUUCAGCUGUGCUCAAACUAGUCUUGAUCUUUGAGGACAAAGCCAAUGGCUCUCCCUGCAAGCCAGAAGGACCCCCUCCAAAGCGGGACAUUGCAAGCCUGCCUUAACUCUAGGUGUCAGCCUCCAGACUGCUUGUGAAGCAGAGGGACCAUCGGCGGUUGCGUGAAAUCGAGUCAUUCUCUUAACAUGUGGAGUGUUGUAUUAGUGUGGGACCAGUGAUCGAGGAUGUGAUUUUGUGAUAUACGGUGUGUGCAAGGUGUUUGUCAUUUGGAAGACUGAACCCCACAACUCACUAAAUGAUGUUUGACUGUGAAUAUUCUUAUUCAUCUUUUAUCCUUUUAAUUGAAAUGUAGCAUUGGUAGUUGUACACGUAACCUCCUUGAUAAAUUCAAUUUUGUAGUAAGUGUUUCAUGGUUAUAUUUUAAGGGAAAACUCCAAAUUCUCCAGAGGUUGUUUUUCCUUGUUUAAUUUUUGGGACGCGUUCAUUUUUAUCAUUCUAAGAGUAGGAUGCUUUUGGAGAAGCACAAGGAAAAGAAGCAUUUUUUUCCAACACAUUUUUGCACUGUCCUCAGUGGUCUUGGAUGGAUUCCUGCCAGGCUAAUCUUGGUCCACGUCUCGCUUUAGAUCAGGUGCCAGAGAUUAGAGGCCCGGCCCAUUUCCUCUGGGUCAAAGUCAUCAGCCCUCAAAGCCAAAAUACUGAUCUGGAAUCAGUAACUAGGUUAUCAUGGCCACCUCAUAAUCGGAAAAGCAUUUUUUUUUGUAGAUGACUGUACUGCUAUGCGUUUUAAUAUUCCUCUCUCAGCUAGUGCGAGUGAAUAAGAGAAUAUGUUGAUGACGGGACUUUCAGUUUCGGCUUCAAGAACAGCAAAUCUGACUCCAUUUUUAGAUCUGUAAGGUUAAGCACAUGUUAAUUUUGGAAGGAGUGUGAUUUACAGGCACACAAGCGUAACAGAUGUACAUAAUAUACUCACACACAGUACAAUCAUAUUCUUUCCAAGUGCCUUAACAUGCAGAUACUGUAGAGCUUAAACACACAGAUUGAAAAAGGAGGGAGUGCACACAGGUGUUCAGUUCGAGCAGUCCGCUUAGCUUACUAAUUCCAGAAACCGUGAAAUAAUUUUAUUUGGUGAGAUAGUUUUGAUGAUGUUUGUUGAAUUGUAUUGAUAUGGUGUUUCCACAACAUUCUGAGUGAGUGAUGUUCACAAGGUGGAUUUUUUAAAAUGUAGUUGUUUCCCUUUUCUUACUAUUAUUUGUCGAUGUCCCAGCAACCUGCUUAUGGGAUGAUUUGACUGAUUAGGUUACCCUGUACUUGUCUUGCAAUGCAUACAUGUGUUACCAGUUUGUCUUUGAUUCUUAGUCUUUUUUCAUCAGCUAACCAUCCCUCUCUGUUGAACUGGGUUCAUCGUCCUGUGAAUUCUGUAAUUUGUGCCUCAGUGUUCCCAUAACUCACGCUACUUACUGUGAAUUUGGUACUUGUAGUAUUUUUAACCCACUUAACAUGUUUGAAACUAUAAUGUUAUUUUGUUUUCAGUCUCAUAGGUGUACUACAUCUUUUAAUGUUGUUAAGAUGCACAUUGUUUGCAGACACCAAAGGAAUUAAAAUUCUUCUUACACUGGCCUGUUAAGUUUUUAAUGUUUAUUGCUGUAAUUGAGAUCUCCGUUAAACUCUUGACUAAUUUUGAGUUUGGGUGAAAAAAUGACAAGUUUAAUAGGUAUAGAGUAGUGUUAAAUUGUGGUUGAAUAUUUUUUUAUUUCACUAGUAAAUGCCAGUGUUUGUUCAGAACACAUUACACUAUUAUGUUAAUAGCAGGAGAUGACAUACUACAUUGAGAGAGAGAUUAAGUCAUAGAUGCAGUAAUGCUAUUUAAAGAGUAACUGUUUGUUUUUUUUGUUUUUUUCAACCUGGACCCUGUAUUCCCAUGUUUUGUGUUUAAAUGACUAAUGAGAGGAAUGGUUUAUGAAAUUGAUUGAGUAUGAGCAAGACCCUGACUGCAGCAAAACCGGCUGCAAUGCCAUCACUUGGGGCAAUUGGGCACUGUCAAUUUACGCUCACAAAAAGUGGUUAUUUUUGCCACCAAUAGGAUCAGAUUAUUAUUCUACAUGUCUGACAACAAACUCCUUUUGUUUAACCAGAAACGAACAGUGGAAAGAUGAACCAAGAGGGUAUUUGUGAGUUUAAUUCUGUUUGUGUUGACUUUGAAUGAAGUGUAUUUUGCAACAAUAGAAUUGCAGUUUAUUUAAAUGGAGUCUGGUAGGGUUGUCAAUAGCAAUUUCUGAGCUAUUUCUGGUGAAGCAAAAAGGAUUUUACUGCAGGCUGCAGCAGUAUUGCUCAUGACUGGACCAAUCUCAAAAAUUCUUGUCUCCAUUACUCAUUUAGACACAAAAACACUGGAAAAUUGGGUCCAGGUUGAAAAAUACCAAAGUUACCCUGUAACGUUAAGUCAGUGGCCUUGGCUUACACAGAACACCAUAGUUAGAAAGAUUGGCAGUCUAUCAAGAAAGGGGGAGUUUUUCAUCAUACAAAAAUCCAUUUGUUUUAAGAGAUAACAUUCCAACACAUCCUUAGCUAUUAGCGCUGAUAAAUACAAAGGUAAAACCCAUGAAUUAUCAGUUUAGCAAAUGAGAAAAUCUCAGUCUCAGUUUUGCAUGAUCAUCUCCCAGUUCACUCACAGGCAGAGAUAAAUAGUGUGUGAAUCCUUGGCUGUGACAACAUGUUGGAUGUUGUAAUAAUGCUUUCAUUCUAUAUUUUCUCAUUAACUCUUCAUGUCUCUUAAUGUACACACAGUUGUAUGCAUACAUACUCUUGAGCAAUAAAAUGUUUUCAUGAAAAAAGUCAA